AUUACUACACUGCAGCACUUCCUCACCGCCCUUUGAUUCUCUGACCAGCAGCUUCGCGUUUGGAGAAGUUUGAGAGGAAAGGAGAGAUUUACGGUUUGUUUACGCGUGUUUACGGGCAGACAGCUGGCUGUGGGUGAGCAGUGACAUGCAGGCUAUAAGAAACUUCUUCCGGGCUGCCUGGUCCUCUGCUGAGAGGCUGGAGGACAAGACCGUGCUCAUCACUGGAGCCAACACUGGGAUUGGCAAAGAGACCGCCAUCGACCUGGCGAAGAGAGGGGCAAAGGUCAUCAUGGCGUGUCGCGACAUGGAGAGAGCGCAGGCCGCCGUGAAAGAAGUCAUCGAGAUCUCCGGCAACGAGAACGUCGUUUGCAUGAAGCUCGACUUGUCGGACAGCAAGUCCAUCAGAGAGUUCGCCGAAGCCAUCAACGAAGGAGAGCCCAAACUCAACAUCCUCAUCAACAACGCCGGCGUGAUGGUCUGUCCUUAUGGGAAGACGGCGGACGGCUUCGAGAUGCAGAUCGGCGUCAAUCACUUUGGUCACUUCCUGUUGACACAUCUGUUGAUCGACCUGAUUAAGAGAUCGGCACCGGCCAGGAUCGUCACCGUGUCGUCCAUGGCUCACGCCUGGGGCACCAUCAACCUGGAGGACAUCAACAGCGAGAAGAGUUACGACAAGAAGAGAGCGUACUCUCAGAGCAAGCUGGCCAACGUCCUCUUCACCCGCUCGUUGGCUAAGAGACUAGAGGGCACGGGUGUGACGACGUAUUCCCUCCACCCCGGAGUCGUCCAGACAGAUUUAUGGCGCCAUCUGAGCGGCCCUCAACAGUUUGUGAUGAAGGCGAUCAGUCCUUUCACCAAAAACUCCACCCAGGGAGCUCAGACGUCCAUUUACUGCGCGGUGGAGCCGUCACUGGAGAAAGAGAGCGGUGGAUACUACAGCGACUGCGCUCCCGCCGACUGCUCAGCGGCCGGUAAAGACGACGACUUGGCGGAGAAGUUGUGGGCGCUGACCUGUCGGCAGCUGUCGAUAGAGUGGGAAUGAAAAAAUCACUCUGCAGUCUUAAUCUUACUUCACUGCCUGUCGAGAAAUAAUGUGCACUUAUCUUUAACAUUAUUUAAUAUACAGUAUUUGCUCUUUUUCUAAUGCAAAGUAUAUAUUAAGGUAAGGUUUAUGAGUCAGAUGUCUAAAUGUUUUUCUGUGUCUGUAUUUUCAUACAUUAAACCAAGUGUUACUCUCUUUUGUGUCUGUCCUCUGCACAUGUUUGAUAUCUCAAUUUAUUAAAUUUUCUCUUAGAAAACACAUUUUUGCCCGACUACAAACCUUUGUUUUACAAUGGAGCGAAUAAAGAAUGUGUUAUUCA